AUGGGUUCCAAUGUCCCCGAAGAUACUCAGGAGAACCUGGUUCGCACUUUCCCCAAUAUCAAACAGAUGUUCAACUUCUACUCCAUGACUGAGUUUGGCGCGUUGGUGUCCCUCUCUACCACGCCCAAGAAUUUGGGUGUGGUGGCCCCUCGGAGUCAGGUCCAAGUUAUAAAUCCAGAGACCCAAGAGCCCUUGGGACCCAAUCAAAGCGGGGAAAUCCUAGCCAAGGGUCCAAGUUUGAUGAUGGGAUACCUCAACCGACCUGAGGAGACUGCAGCGUGCUUCACUCCCGAGGGUUACAUUCGUACCGGAGAUAAGGGCCAUUAUGACGAGAACGGCAUUCUCUACUUCGAUGGUCGAUUGAAGGAUCUAAUCAAAUUUGAGAACAAGCAUCUGUAUCCCCUCGAGAUUGAAAAAGUUAUUAUCAAGCAUCCCGGUGUGGACGACGUGGCAGUCUUCGGAAAACCGGAUCCACUUCAUCAAGAACUAAUUA